GACAUAGAAGAACUAUAAAGGAGAUAGAAUUGUAUUGCUGCAUGGUACAGCAGCAGUGUACAUUUAAGAUUAAGAUUAAAUUAGACUCAAGUUGUAUAGUUAAGACAGGAGCUGUGACUGAUGAGAAUUAAAGGCCAUGGAUGAAGAUGGACUUGAAUUACAACAAGAGCCAAACUCAUUUUUUGAUGCAGCAGGAGCUGAUGCUACACACAUGGAUGGUGAUCAAAUUGUUGUGGAAGUACAAGAAACUGUUUUUGUUUCAGAUGUUGUGGAUUCAGACAUAACUGUGCAUAACUUUGUUCCUGAUGACCCAGACUCAGUUGUAAUCCAAGAUGUUAUUGAGGACGUUGUUAUAGAAGAUGUUCAAUGCCCAGAUAUCAUGGAAGAAGCAGAUGUUUCUGAAACAGUCAUCAUUCCUGAGCAAGUGCUGGACUCAGAUGUAACCGAAGAAGUUUCCUUAGCACAUUGCACAGUCCCAGAUGAUGUUUUAGCUUCUGACAUUACUUCAGCCUCAAUGUCUAUGCCAGAGCAUGUCUUGACAAGUGAAUCUAUACAUGUGUCUGAUAUUGGACAUGUUGAACAUGUGGUUCACGACAGUGUAGUGGAAGCAGAAAUCGUCACUGAUCCUCUGACUACUGACGUAGUUUCAGAAGAAGUAUUGGUAGCAGACUGUGCUUCUGAAGCAGUCAUAGAUGCCAAUGGGAUCCCUGUGGACCAGCAAGAUGAUGACAAAGGCAACUGUGAGGACUACCUUAUGAUUUCCUUGGAUGAUGCUGGCAAAAUAGAACACGAUGGCUCCUCUGGAAUGACCAUGGAUGCAGAGUCGGAAAUUGAUCCUUGUAAAGUAGAUGGCACUUGCCCUGAAGUCAUCAAGGUGUAUAUUUUUAAAGCUGACCCUGGAGAGGAUGACUUAGGUGGAACAGUAGACAUUGUGGAAAGUGAGCCUGAGAAUGAUCAUGGAGUUGAACUACUUGAUCAGAAUAGCAGUGUUCGUGUUCCCAGGGAAAAGAUGGUUUAUAUGACUGUCAAUGACUCUCAACCAGAAGAUGAAGAUUUAAAUGUUGCUGAAAUCGCCGAUGAAGUUUAUAUGGAAGUGAUUGUAGGAGAGGAAGAUGCUGCAGCAGCAGCAGCAGCCGCUGCUGUGCAUGAGCAGCAGAUGGACGACAAUGAAAUCAAAACCUUCAUGCCGAUUGCAUGGGCAGCAGCUUAUGGUAAUAAUUCUGAUGGAAUUGAAAACCGGAAUGGCACUGCAAGUGCCCUCUUGCACAUAGAUGAGUCUGCUGGCCUCGGCAGACUGGCUAAACAAAAACCAAAGAAAAGGAGAAGACCUGAUUCCAGGCAGUACCAAACAGCAAUAAUUAUCGGCCCUGAUGGACAUCCUUUGACAGUCUAUCCUUGCAUGAUUUGUGGGAAGAAGUUUAAGUCAAGAGGUUUUUUGAAAAGGCACAUGAAAAACCAUCCCGAACACCUUACUAAGAAGAAGUACCGCUGUACUGACUGUGAUUACACUACCAACAAGAAGUUAAGUUUACACAACCACCUAGAGAGCCACAAGCUGACCAGCAAGGCAGAGAAGGCCAUCGAAUGUGAUGAGUGUGGGAAGCAUUUCUCUCACGCGGGGGCUUUAUUUACUCACAAAAUGGUGCAUAAGGAGAAAGGAGCCAACAAAAUGCACAAGUGUAAAUUCUGUGAAUAUGAGACAGCUGAACAAGGGUUAUUGAAUCGCCACCUUUUGGCAGUCCACAGCAAGAACUUUCCUCAUAUUUGUGUGGAGUGCGGUAAAGGUUUUCGUCACCCAUCAGAGCUCAAAAAGCACAUGCGAAUCCAUACUGGGGAGAAGCCGUACCAGUGCCAGUACUGCGAAUAUAGGUCUGCAGACUCUUCUAAUUUGAAAACGCACGUAAAAACUAAGCAUAGUAAAGAGAUGCCAUUCAAAUGUGACAUUUGUCUUCUGACUUUCUCAGAUACCAAAGAGGUGCAGCAACAUGCUCUUAUCCACCAAGAAAGCAAAACACACCAGUGUUUGCAUUGCGACCAUAAGAGUUCAAACUCAAGCGAUUUAAAACGACAUAUAAUUUCAGUUCAUACGAAGGACUACCCCCAUAAGUGUGAUAUGUGUGAUAAAGGCUUUCAUAGGCCUUCAGAACUCAAGAAACACGUGGCUGCCCACAAGGGUAAAAAAAUGCAUCAGUGUAGACAUUGUGACUUUAAGAUUGCAGAUCCGUUUGUUCUGAGUCGCCAUAUUCUCUCAGUUCACACAAAAGAUCUUCCAUUUAGGUGUAAGAGAUGUAGAAAGGGAUUUAGACAACAGAAUGAGCUUAAAAAGCAUAUGAAGACACACAGUGGCAGGAAAGUGUAUCAGUGUGAGUACUGUGAGUAUAGCACUACAGACGCCUCAGGCUUUAAACGGCACGUUAUUUCCAUUCAUACGAAAGACUAUCCUCACCGGUGUGAGUACUGCAAGAAAGGGUUCCGGAGACCUUCAGAAAAGAACCAGCACAUAAUGCGACAUCAUAAAGAAGUUGGUCUGCCCUAACAAUAUUCUACAGAUGUUUGUAGAGAUAUUGGCCUUGAAGCUGAAAAUUCAUUUUAAAGCCAAUCAGUCUUGUUCACAUACAAUACUGUAUAUUGAUUUAUGCUGUGUAUAAAUAGAAUUAUUGCUUCUAGUUAACUUUUUUUUUACAUUUUGUUCAAUAGUGUGUUCUGAAUUCUAUUCAGUUUGUUUAAUAAAUGGGGGGAAAUGGCAACAAGCUAGUUGCUUUUAAUAAAGUAAUCCCUGAUUCUAUACUGAAUUUUUCUAUCUUAGAAGUUUUAUAUUUAUUUAAAUAUUUACCUUGCUUACCUUGAUGGUACUCUUCUAAGACCAUUUAACUUAAGGUAACUUUAGAUUGGUAACUCUGAAAGUAUUCAUGUUGACUCAUUUUUUUUCCCAUAAAUUUCUCACAAUAAAAUUGUCAGAGACAUCUACUAAUAGAAAUGGGAGAUUUUAUGGUCAGUUAUAAUUGUCAUAACAUGGAAGUCGUUUACUUGUCUUGCUUAAUAUUUUCAGACCACUUGACAAUGUCAGUUUCCCAUUUGAGCUUUUGAAUCCCUGGUGUCACUGAGCAAAGUACAGUGACUGGGUUUGUGUUUACUUUUCAUUUUGUUUAGCAGACAAAAUAUACUUCUUUUGGUUUUCUUCGGACUAUUUACAUCUUUUGUCAGCGUAGCAAACUUUUAGAAAACUUUAUUGAAAAAUUUUGCUUGAUCCUGUUGUAUUUUGAUUAUUCUGUCUGUGCUGCCUUGUCUUGGAAUGGUUGUGUGCUACACAUGAGACUUAUGAGGACUGCAUUUUGGAAUCUCCUAGAGGUAACUUGUGGCUUAUAGGAUCUUUUGCAACUUUAUAUAUGUAAAUGUACCCUGAAUUAUAUAUAUACACAUAUAUAUAACAUGUAUCUGUGUGUAUUGCUUAUUUUACAUAUUUAUACACACAACCCCAAGUAGUAGUUGUUUAAAAUCUAUAAUGAAAGUAUUAAAUUUACAAUAACAUGAAAGAUCCAGGGAUGCAUGAGAGAGCAUUUUGUAAGUCAUGCUCUUCAGAGAGACUACUCAGGUGAAGAAUUAGAAGGAAAAUAAGGACACUAGUAUUUUUGAAGAGUAAAGGUAUUUUCUUUUAAAUAUCUUUGGUAAUUGAAAAAUAGAAGUUAAGAUGUUUCUAGAUAGAAUGUUUUCAUACAAUUUCAGCUCCAUACCUUUAUAUUUUUCUGAAAAGCUAAUGAGUAUUCAGACAUGACUCCCACAGUUCUCUCUGAGAAGCCUGAGAGAGAUCUCUGUCUCACCAAGUGAGAGGGACGUAGAGGAAACAAUGGCUCCGUGGACCAGAGAACGAGUGCUAAUUAUGACUUACGCUUGUUAUGUUCAGCCUGCUCUUACUUCUUAGACAGUUACAGUUAGCAAACGUUAAAAACUUAACACUCAAGUUGGCUUUGAUUAGAAGAUAAAGGUGUGUUUUAAGUGCAUAAGGAAAAUCUGAGCCCUUAUUUGGAACAUCAAGUCUUUUACAGUUUUGCUUUUCUUUGAGAGUUGGCAUUUUUUAACAAAUAAGUCUGAAUCAGAGUCAUAAAUUUAUAAAAUGAACUCGGCUAAUUAGAAUUUGGUUAUGUUAAGAUUAAUCUUGGAGAGCAAAAAACAGUUUUGGGGGUCCCUUAAAUUGGCUAUUGACCUAUAUGUAUCUGGCACAUCGUGGGAGAUUGAGAAAUUCUCUUUCCACUCGAUAGCUGCCUUGCCACCUCGUUUGGUGGUCCAUCCCCUUCAUGCUUAGGUUUUUACCUUUCAUCUUUCUCUUUGCCAUUGGUAUUUAUAUUCAAGAGUUGGAUUUUUAGGGUCAGAAAUAAAAAUACUUGGUGUUUGGCGGGCCUCUUAAGUGCUAGAUUGAUAAGAAUUGUAGCCUAAAUGCCAGUCAAAGCCAAGGCAUGGAUUUUCCUAGCCUGUCCCACAUGGAAAUCCUGUAUCUUCUUGGUCCCUAUAACGUGAUUUUUUUUUUUUAAAGUCACUCACAAUUAAUGUGAUUUAUUGCCCUACUAUUCUUGAAAGCUCUGUCUGUUUUUUUGUGAGAACCUUUAAAAUCUCCCUUAAUUUUUAUUUUUCCCAGAGAUAACGUAAAAGAACACACUUAAAUGAAAAUGGAAAUUUAUGAGUUUUAAAAUGUCCUGUAAAAUUAAUACAUAAAAUAUAAAUGAUUGGGUCAUUUAACUAUAUUUUUUUAAAUAAACUGAAAGAUAAAGAACACAACACUUUACACACUUUAUAUUUCUCUUACAUACUCUGGAAUCAUACACAGUUCUUUUCUUUUUAAAGCACAAUAUUGAAACCUUUAAAAGGUAUUUAAGGGUUUGGUCAAGUGAAUAUGAUAAAAUGUAUUUGUCUGUAUAAAGAGAAAAUGGAAUCGUAGUCACUGUUAUGUACUGACAUUAGUUACAACCUAGUUUUAAUUCUUAAAACAAUUUUGAUUAGCAAAGCUAAAAAAAAUGGAUGUUUCAGUUAAAUGUUUUAAAGAGGUACAGAUUUUUACAAGGACAUAAUAUAAGUUAUUGUUCUGUAGAAAUAUCCUAUUAAAUAUUGUAUGUUCCUCCCUCUCUGUACACUUUGUAAAAAAAGUAAAAUGCAUAAAAAGAAAAUCAUAUAGGGAUGUGUGACAUUAUUGUAAUUGUGUACUUGAGAAUAACGUGCAAAAAUAAAAAUCAGAAUAUUUUCCUGUUUAUGAAUGUUUAGUCUAUUUGAUACCAGUACUAAGUUAAUGCUUUUUCUUAAGAAAAAAAAAAUGUACAGUUUUUGUAAACCUAGUAAACAUCAAAAGCAGUGAAUUAUUUUCAUCCCCCCAUUUCUUAAUAUCUUUUAUGCAGCAGCAGAAUGCAAAAUGCUUGAUUGCUUUGAAUUUUGUGACUCAGAUGCAAAUACUGGUAAUAUUUCAGUCCUGUGAAUUUGCAAGUAAUAUUUCAGAGAAGUUAAGAGGUGAUUGGUGAGUCCUUUGAUGAGCAUGUCCUUGAAAUUCAUUUUUUUCUUUUAUCUUCAUAAAGGAUUUGUUUUAUUAGCAUCUCCAAUUCCCCUGGGAUAAAUUACCCAUGCAUAAAGUGGUUUUUGAGAGCACUUAAAGUUCAUUUCAGUAUCAAUUCAUGGCACAUUUAAUCAGUGGGGACUGUCACCACCUCUACAGCAGAAUCCCUGCCUUCGAGUUACCCCUUUGUGCCCAGUUUGGAGGACCCUAGUUGACGCUAAUAUACUGGAGAAUGGUCAUUGCCAUAGUAAAAGUCGGAAAUUAGGUACAAGUUAUCAGGAGUCAAAAGAGAUACGUUUGCACCAUCUUUGAGAUUCUGCAGUUCUUCAACUUUACGAACAAAUGUUUGCCUAACGAUGCAUAAUAAAAAUUUGAGGUAAUGAUCAAGAGAACAUAGUGAAUGUCACUGGCCAGAGCCAUAAGUCAGAUGAAACGAUAGCAUGCUCAGAAAGUUGUAAUGGAGCACCUGGCAAAUGACACCUAACCGGUCCCAAUGAAGCAGAUAAUGUACUGCUCUGUUCUCUGGGAUUCUCGAUAUUAACAAUGUCCUGUAUUUCCCAUGAAUUCUAGGAUUUAUGUCAGGAGAAGCAUGGCCAGUCAAUAUAAAGGGGCAUUAUUUCAAAACAGUGGAUUCAAAGUGUGACUUAGCAGCACUGGCAGUGUCAAUCCCCUGGAACUUUGUUAAAGAUACAAAUUUUCAGCCCCACUCCAGUCCCACUGAAUUGGGAAACUGGUUGUGGGGCCCAGCAAUCUGUGUUCUCUGCUCAAGUUUAGAAAACACUUUGAGAGUACUUGAGGAACUGGAAAGAUUACUGGUGCAACGUUUUGUAUGGUAGAUGAGAAAAAUCACAAGAACCAGAAAUGGACAGUGGAAGUAAAAAAAAAAAGUAAGGCUACCUGUCAAUAAGUAUUUCCUUUUGUGCACAUGUAAAUAGCUGGCACUUCCUAAAUCUUGUAUGGCCCCAUAGUUACAUUUCUCAAAGGUAAAUAGAGUUCAGAGGAAGAUUCAGUCAAUAGGCAAAAGAAAAGGGCUGAAAAAAUUGUGUGUGUUUAAUUGGCCCGGGGUUACUUCAGUCAGUAGGUGAAAGAGAAGGGCUGAAAAGUUCUGUGUGUUUAAUUGGCCUGGGGUUACUUUUGUAAUUCAUAUCCAAAAAACCAUUUUGCCACGUUCUGCGGCUGUUUAGAUAAGGUCAAAAUUAAUUUGCCCUAUGGAUUUUGUUUCAUCUUUUGUUUCGUGUAUAUAUUGUUUGCCUUUUUCAUAAAAUAAUUCUUGGAUUUGUUAUAUAUUGUUCCUGUUAUUUUUGACAUCUUUGCUAUUGUAAAUAAAUUCCUAUUUUGUUUUAAGUUA